CUCAGCUGGAUGUAGAGAAGAAGCCAAGGAUUCAACACAAUCAACACAAGGAUUGACACUUGCUCAAAAAGGCAGAAUUAGAAUAAACUGUCACUGCAAGAGGAGAAAUAAACCAGAACACAAACAUCCAACAAAGGCACCUGGGAGAACAAAAUGAUCUUUAAGAAGAGUGAUAUUUAAGGAAUAGAAAACUGCUGGAUGCUCUUCUGUCUCUGACUGCAAUAUUUUCUCUGCGUAUCGUUUGCCGUAUGAUCCUCCACUGAGCGUUGCACACGAUGCGGAAAGCAAAACCCAAACUUUACUUUCUUAUUACCUUUGUUUGUGGAGUAUCUGGAUUUCUGUUCCAUUUUAAGACUAUACAGGAUGCCUACUUUACCCUUUCUGAGCAGAACUCCGUCACCCAAAGCCAUCGAAGAGACACUAUAAGAUACUUUUGUCAAAAAAACAAUUUGACCAGCUCCUCGUGGAGGAUGAAAGCUUCUGUUGCGAAGCAGUUGUAUGUAGAACACACUCAUAAGUUCAUUUACUGUGAAGUGCCAAAGGUGGGCUGCUCCAACUGGAAGAGGAUCAUUCUUCUUUUAAACAGCAGUGUUGGACGUACUGCAGAGGAACUAAAACACAACAAAGUCCACUUCUCUCCCUCACUGAAAAGACUAAGUUUUUACUCCCCUAAAAUGCAAGUGGCGCUCCUCAAUAAUUACACCACGGUGAUGUUCACCCGAGACCCCUUAGAGAGACUGGUUUCAGCUUACAGAGACAAGUUCCUCCACGACGAGGAGUAUUACUACAGUAAGACACUGGCAAAUAUGAUCAAGAGAAGUGUCAGGAAAAACGGAAAUUUAACAGAAAGGAUCAGUUUUAAGGAGUUCGCCAACUUCAUUGUCUCCGAAAACCCAAAUUAUAGAGACAUUCACUGGAAGCCCAUGUUGGAACUAUGUGACCCGUGCAAUAUCCACUACGACAUUGUGGGCAAGUUUGAAACCAUCAAAGAAGACGCUGCCUAUGUGCUGAGAUCAAUCAGAGCACCAAAGGACCUGGUGUACCCCGAUAUUAAGCAUUACUCCAAUGAAACCAGGACCAAUGACUUGAUAAGCAAAGACUAUUUCACGUCCCUCCCCAAAGCGCUGUUUAAAAAACUCAUAAACGUUUACAGAUUUGACUUCUCCAUGUUUCAGUACAAUCCUUUCAUUUAAUUACAAAUGAAUCUAAAAAUGAGAAGCGAACACUGCUAUUGGCUGGAUUUACAUUUCUGUUUCUAGAUGACUUCUGUCUAUUGAGUUAGGGAGUAUUUAUAUUGAAGCGAAUUACUGGUUAUUCUUCGUUUGUUAUUUCUUUCCUCCUCUACAUUUCACUUUUUUUUAUUUUAAAUAAUUGAAAGAAUAUACUGAAUCCUUCAGCGCUCAAUUUUUACAAACCCCUGGGACAACCAUUAACCUAUUAACUUUAACUUGGGGGGUUAUUUAUUAAAGUCCGAAUUUAUCUCAAUAUUUUCUGAAAAGAACUCCCACCAAAUCCACACAGAU